ACCAAUCAGAAGACGGAAACGAUGACGAGAGCUGUUCUACUGAGAGCUCUGACGAAGAACAAGUUCGUCGCCUCUAAUGCUCCUCGAUCCAUCUCCAUCUCCAUCUCCAUCACCAACCUCUCUCGAUGCAUUAGCACUCUGAUUCUAGCUGAACAUGAGAGUGGUUCAAUCAAACCUCAGACAGUGAGUACAGUAGUUGCAGCUAAUUCUUUGGGUGAAAAUUCUUCAAUUUCUUUGUUAUUGGCUGGUUCUGGCUCUUCUCUUCAAGAAGCUGCUGCCCAAGCUGCCUCUUGCCAUCCUUCUGUUUCUGAGGUACUUGUAGCUGAUUCUGAUAAAUUUGAGUAUCCACUAGCUGAACCUUGGGCUAAAUUGGUUGAGUUUGUUCGGCAACAAGGAGAUUACUCGCAUAUCCUUGCUUCCUCUAGUUCAUUUGGAAAAAAUAUAUUACCCCGUGUCGCUGCUCUUUUGGAUGUUUCUCCUAUUACUGAUGUUGUCAAAAUCUUAGAAUCCAAUCAGUUUAUCAGGCCUAUAUAUGCUGGAAACGCUUUGUCUACAGUACGUUAUACUGGUGGGGGGCCUUGUAUGUUGACUAUUAGAUCGACAUCUUUUCCUGUCACCCCGAUUACAGUAGACUCCGAGUCAAGGAAAGCUACUAUCUCUCAGAUUGAUCUCUCAAAUUUCAAAGAAGACUCUGCCAGCAAAUCUAGAUACGUGGGAUGUUCAACUCAGGAUACAGAACGGCCUGAUCUUGGAAGUGCGCGUGUUGUGAUAACUGGUGGAAGAGCGUUGAAGAGUGUUGAGAAUUUUAAAAUGAUUGAAAAGCUUGCAGAAAAACUUGGUGGAGCAGUUGGUGCAACUCGUGCUGCUGUUGAUGCUGGAUAUGUUCCUAAUGAUCUUCAGGUGGGACAAACAGGUAAAAUAGUGGCUCCAGAGCUUUACAUGGCGUUUGGUGUUUCAGGAGCCAUUCAACACUUGGCUGGAAUUAAGGAUUCUAAGGUGAUUGUCGCGGUUAACAAAGACGCGGAUGCACCUAUUUUCCAGGUAGCUGACUAUGGACUUGUUGGAGAUCUAUUCGAGGUGAUACCCGAGUUGCUGGAGAAACUUCCCGAAAAGAAAUGAGAACCCGAUAAACCAAAACUCAGUCUAUGUAACCAUCUCCUAAAGCUCUCUGUAUUUUCAGGUGCAGACCACAGUAGGUAGUGUGUACAUAUCAAAACUGUAAUAAUAAACGGUCUGAAGAAUCUUUGUCACACAAUCUGUGUCUCACAA